AUGUCUGAAGAUGCUUCUUCACCUCCACCUUAUGAGGUCUUUGUCAGCUUUAGGGGCCCAGAUGUUCGCCACGGUUUCCUUAGCCAUUUGAAUGUGGCUUUUACCCAGAAAAACAUUCUAGCCUUUGUGGAUGAUAAACUUCAAAGAGGGGAUGAAAUAUCAGCAUCACUUCUUGGAGCAAUUGAAAGAUCACUCAUGUCAUUAGUCAUAUUCUCAGAAAACUAUGCUUUUUCUCGUUGGUGUUUAGAUGAACUUGUGAAAAUAAUUGACUGCAAAAGGGAAAAUGGACAGAUUGUAGUACCUGUUUUCUACCAUGUAGAUCCCUCAGAUGUAAGGAACCAAAGAGGUAGUUAUGGAAAUGCUCUCGCUGAACUUGAAGAAAAGUAUAAUUUGACUAAGGCACAAAGCUGGAGAUCUGCUUUGGCGGAAGCUGCUAAUUUAUCAGGAUUCCAUUCAUCAAACUUUAAGAAUGAUGCUGAACUUAUUGAAGAAAUCAUCAAAUGUGUGUUGAAGACAAUGAAUGAUUUGCACCAAGUAAACUCAAAAGUAUAUGUUGGAAGUGACUCAAAAGUACUUGUUGGGAUUGACAAAAGAAUUGCACAUCUGAUAUUAUUAUUAGACCUAGAGUCGGAAGGUGUUCGUCUUAUUGGAAUAUGGGGUAUGGGAGGUAUCGGUAAGACAACCAUUGCCAAAGAAGCAUUUAAAAGAUUGCAUGCCAAAUAUCAUGCCAGUUGUUAUUUGGAAGAAGUAAGUAAAAAGGUAGAAAGAAAUGAAAAAGAAUCUUUGAAGCAAGAACUGUAUUCUACACUAUUGGAAGAGGAUCUGAAAAUUGAAAAAACAAAUGAAUUGCCCAAAUAUGCUAAGAUAAGGCUUGGUCGUAUGAAGGUUCUUAUUAUUCUUGAUGAUGUGAGACAGGUAGAACAUCUACAAGAAUUAGUUGGGGAUCACAAAUGGUUUGGAUCUGGAAGUAGAAUUAUUGUAACAACUAGAGAUAGGCAUGUGCUUACUAAUGAAGCUGAUGAUAUAUAUGAGGUAGGGGAACUGGACUUCGAUGAAGCACAUAGGCUUUUCAAUUUGAAUGCCUUUAAAGAAAAUCAUAUUAAAAUGGAGUACAACGAGGUAUCUAAGAGGAUGGUAAAUUAUGCCAAAGGCAUUCCAUUAGUUCUUGAAGUUUUGGGUGGUCUUGUUCGUGGAAAAGAUAUAGAUGUAUGGAAAAGUAAACUAAGCAAACUUGAAAAGAUUCUAGAUAAAAAACUUCUCAAUUUAUUGAGACUGAGUUAUGAUGAUUUAGAUCGUGAAGAGCAAAAAAAUUUUUUAGAUCUUGGAUAUUAUGAAAGUGAUGAUUCAGUGCUUGAUGGGCUAGAAAGGCUGAAAGAUAAAGCUCUUAUAACUAUUUCUGAAGAUAAAGUUAUAUCUGUGCAUGAUAUUAUUAGAGAAAUGGCUUGGGAGAUUGUUCGCCAAGAAUCUAUUGAAGAGCCUGAAAAUCGCAGUAGAUUAUGGGAUCCAAAAGACAUUCGUAAAGUAUUGGAAAAGGACAAGGGGAGUAAAUCCAUUAGAGGGAUAACUGUACAUAUGUCUGCAAUUAAGAAGCUGAAUUUAAGCCCUGACGUGUUUGCUAAGAUGAGCAAUCUGAAAUUUCUUGAUUUUCAUAGUGAAGACUAUUCUGACCGAGUGGAUCUUCCUCAAGGGCUUCAACCAUUCCCUACUGAAUUAAGAUAUCUUCGUUGGAUGACUUACCCUUUGAAAUUUUUGCCAGAGAAAUUUUCUGCAGAAAACCUUGUUCUAUUUGACUUGUCAUAUAGUAGAGUGGAAAAACUUUGGCUUGGAGUGCAGGAUCUAGUGAAUUUAAAAGAUGUUAAACUCCAUGCUUCAAUAUUCCUAAAGGAGUUGCCUGACUUUUCGAAAGCCACAAAUCUUGAAGUACUAGAUCUUCGUGAUUGUGGUUGGUUGACUAGUGUGCAUCCAUCUAUCUUCACUCUUGAAAAGCUUGAGAAAUUGUAUCUAAGUGGGUGCACUUCCCUUACCAAACUUACAAUCCACACACAUUUAAGUUCCCUUCAAUACCUCACCCUUCGUGGUUGCCAUAUGCUAAAGGAAUUCUCUGUGACAUCAGAGAAUAUGAUAGAAUUAGAUUUAGGCUUCACAGCUAUCAAUGCAUUGCCUUCAUCUAUUGGACAUCAAAGCAAGCUCGAAAUUCUACGUUUAGCAGAAACAUGUAUUGAAAGCUUGCCUGCAACCAUCAAGAAUCUUACAAGGCUGCAAUAUUUGGACAUAAUGUAUUGCAAAGACCUCAGGGCUCUACCUGAGCUUCCUUCAUCCAUUGAAAAACUUUAUGCCAGUCACUGCUCAUCACUGAAGACCAUUUUGUUCCCUUUAACAUUGGCUGCACAACUCAAGGAAAAUAGGAAAAUAGUUGAGUUUUGGAAUUGCUUGAAACUGGAUAAACAUUCACGCAAGGCUAUUGGGUUGAAUGCACAAAUCAACAUGAUGAAAUUUGCACAUCAAAGACAUUUAUCUGCGCUAGAGGGCAAUCAUGUUGAAGAUUACGAGGACUAUGAUGCUAAAGUCAAGUAUGUGUAUCCAGGAAGCAGUGUUCCAGAGUGGUUGGAAUACAGGACAACAAAGGAUUACGUAGCUAUUAAUAUUUCUUCUGCUUCACAUUCCCCUUUAUUGGGUUUCAUUUUCUGCUUCAUUAUUCCCAAGGAUACAUCACGAGCUUUUAGAGUAAAAUUAAUGAUCACUAUCAGUGAUGAUGAGAGAGGAGAAGAUGAAGGGUUCAAUAUUAAAUUCGAUGUGUUUAGGCCAUUGGUUGGAGUUGCAUCGGAUCAUGUGUUUAUAGCGUACGACGAACGAUGUUCUCGUUACCUAAAUAGCAGAGCCCAAAAUCAGACAAGGUUUAAAAUUUUGGUUAAAGCGGUCUUACCAUACAAAGAAACAAAAAAGAGACUGGGAUCAUAUGAUGUGUUGGUUGUGUUAAAAGGGUUUGGUGUCAGCCCAAUAAACGCCUCAGCAUAUUUCAAGUUCAUUCAACAAAUGGAAUUUCCUGUUUAUACACUGAAUACCUUACUUUCAUUCAACAAAUGGAGCUGGGCAGCAGUGAUCGCAACCACCCUAUGUAUUCCCUUUCUAUGGUUUAAGAUAAAGGAUUUGAUUAAAAAGCUCCAGUGACAUUAUUUUUAAAGUGAAGAAACUACAUAGUACAGACAUAUUUAUCAUUUGUAUAAUUUUAGUGAGUGAAGAUUUAAAAUUAGAACUUUAAAAUUAAAUCAAGGUUAAAUGUACACUUAAUUUUUCACUUUAAGAACAAGGUCACUUUAGAAGAUCCUUGUUCAGAGUUUGAUGCAGAGAAAGUCUAUAAUUUGAUGUAAGCACACCACUUGGGUUAACAUUCAAGUUAUAGACAUUCCUAUAAUUAGAAGUUAAAUUGAUGUUCAUGAUCACUUAAAGCUAAUAGUAUGCAGAGUUUUUUAAGUUUUGAAUCUUAGCAUAUUUAAAAGGCUAUUUAUUUUUGUUGGUCUUUUCAAGAAACACAUAUAGUGGCUUCAUUUUUUUUAUUAGACUUCAUUCUUUUGCAAAUAAUGAAUAGAUUAAAAUUCCUUGUAUUUUUCUAUUUUAGAUUGUGUUUAAAUUGGUGGACUAGGAUGAAACAGAAGGAACAAAAAUGGAAUAAGAUUUUUCUUGUUGUUUGGAUUGUCUAAAAUAGAAAAGAAUGGAGUGAAAUUUGAUGGAAUCCAUUCCAUCACUUAACUUUGUUUUUCUUCCUCUAUAAUUUGGUUAAAAUAAAAUGGAACUUAGUAUUUCUUCUUUUUUUUUUUUUUCACUUUUAUAUCCUCCUCUUCACAUCAUCAUGUGCAACCCUGUUCACAUGAGAUCUCUCUCAUGUCACUGAUCUUGGUCAAUAUCAUUCUGCCACUCUGGAUCUUCAACCUUUACCAUCACCUAGUUGCCUUCCUUGGUCAGAAGUAUAUCCUUCUGCAGGCAACAAGCUGUGUGACCCGAUAUUUGGAAGAACAGGUGUCAUUUGGAUGCGUCAUCACCGUUUGUAACAUACGUAACUUGUUUUUAAGAAAUUUGUAGUUAGUUUAAAUUAUUGGAAGGAAAGGUCUCUUUUUUUAUCUUUUAAUAGAGUCUUUAAUAAGAAAUGUAUGAGAUAUUAUUUGCUAAUAGUAGUCUUAUUUAGUUACUUCGAUAUUUGUUUAAUAUCUUAAAUAUUACCUGUAACUGAGGCUGUGUUGUAAAAAUGUGUAUUAGAUAUUCUUAUGCUAACUUUCUCUUAUUUAUUAACUUAGAUAUUUUUUCGAUAGCAUUUGGAAGAUCUUAUGGAAAUAUCUUACAACUAUGUGUCAGCUCUUUCCAGGAUAAUUUAUCAAACUUAUAAGUCCACAUGUAUAAGAAAUUGUUGAAUAAGUGCUUAAAAAAAAAAAAAAAGAAAGCUACUUACUUAAUAUAAAACUAUUAUCUGCUCAUAACUCCCGUAGUCUAUGGGAGUGUGUGGAAGUGUGAGGUGAGUUUACAUUGUUAGACUAUAUUGUAGGGUCAAAGGAGAUUUCUUGUCUUCCUCGUAUUUUACAAUACUUUCAAUGAUAAUAACGAGAUGGAAAACAAUGAAAUGGAAAAUGAUUCAAGUAAAGAAAUUGCUUUCUUACUUGAUUGUAAAAACAAUAUGUUGAUUAUUGAUUUUCUGAUUUGUGGAUUGGACCAAGAUCAAAAGGCUAAUUUGAAAGCUUUCUAAUGCAGAAAUUCCUGGUAUUGUCUUAUGAUGUUCUCCACCUUUCUCUCUUCUUUUGGCUUACUGCUAAUUUCAACUUAUCGUCAAUACGAAGUUCAAUUCUUCAACUUAUUGUCGAUAUGAAGUUCAAUUCUUUAAGCUAUUUGAUCUUUUCAUUUCAUUUCUCUUUCUUUUUCUUUCCAGAUACCUUUUUGCUUUCUUAUUUUGAUAUUCGAGGAUGUAUAACACACAAAUGUCCCAAGUGUGUUUAUUCUGAUCCAUUGGCAUAUUAUUAAACUGCAGGUUUAGUAGCAUGUUGCUUGAACAUAUGAGUAAGAGUUGAAUCUGACCCCUAACCAGACAAAUAAUCAAUAUAUAUUGAUAGUUGAUUGUAAAGAGAUUAAAUGGCGUCUUAUUAUUCCUUUUUCACAUUUGAAGUGAUACAGAAUUGGUGAAUAAAUACACAGCAGGUAACAAAUUAUAGUAACAGAGUGCUAUAGGAUAGCCAACAGUGUGCUAUAAGAUAGUGAGCUAUAACAGUUGCAAACAGCAACCGAAUGCA